CCAUUGUACAGUGACCAGAGGGACGCCAGUCAAUAUAUCUGGUGGCAAAAGUAUAUUAAGCGUAUACGAGCUUUUCUGUCAUCCGAUGCACUCAUCAAUCAGUAUCUGCUAAAAUUCAAAACACAGUGGAUGUUUGCCGGAUUGCCCAAAUUGUCACAUGAGGAGCAACCCACAAUAGAGUCAGCCAUUCCAAGCGAAGUCGUCAGAAUGUUAGAAAUAGAACAAGAACAACCAACGAUUGUGGUGGGUAAAAAGACAGCUGCUAAAAGGAAGGGAGGCACACAAGGGACAGACAAAUCUGCUAAAAGAAAAAAACAAUCUCGUGGGAGAGUGGGACAAAGCAAAACAAGUAACAGUAUAGAUAAAGGUGAAGUUCAGAAAACCUUUUCUAAAAGGACGCCCUGCUCUGAGGAAAAUGUGCAAAGGAAAAGAAAAACGACGAAGUUGAGGCAGAAAAUCGUGAAUCGCUGCAGAUCUGAAAAUUUCCAUUUUCAACCCUGGGGACAGUUUAUACCAUAUGAUCUAACAAAGGACAUUUGGAUACUUUUUAUUAUCA